GUGAAAAAAGAUACAAUAUUUAGAACUAAAUCUUUUGCAGAUUAGUUUUCACUAAGAAACAGAAAUGUCUCACCGCAAGUUUGAGCAUCCUAGACAUGGUUCCUUGGGAUUUCUUCCGAGGAAAAGGGCCAACAGACAACGUGGAAAAGUGAAAGCCUUUCCCAAGGACGAUCCAACAAAGCCCUGCAGGUUGACUUCUUUCAUAGGCUACAAAGCAGGAAUGACCCACAUUGUGAGAGAAGUUGAGAAGCCCGGUUCAAAGCUCAACAAGAAGGAAGCAUGUGAGGCUGUGACCAUUAUUGAAGCACCACCAAUGGUUAUUGUGGGUGUAGUAGGCUAUGUCAAAACUUCACGUGGCCUCCGCAGUCUAAACACUGUCUGGGCUCAACAUUUGAGUGAGGAGGCAAAGAGGAGAUUCUACAAAAAUUACUGCAAAUCAAAGAAGAAGGCUUUCACAAAGUAUUCAAAGAAGUAUGAAACUGAAGAAGGGAAGAAAGAUAUCACAACUCAGUUGGAGAAAUUAAAGAAAUACUGCUCUGUAAUUCGUGUUUUGGCCCAUACUCAGACUCGAAAGAUGAAGGGACUGAAGAAAAAGAAAGCAGACAUUAUGGAAAUUCAAGUUAACGGUGGAAAUACACAUCAAAAGGUUGAUUAUGCAUACAGUUUCUUUGAGAAGCAAGUUCCUAUAGAUGCUGUGUUUCAGAAAGAUGAGAUGAUUGACAUUAUUGGCGUAACAAAGGGUAAAGGAUAUGAAGGUGUUGUUACUAGAUGGGGUGUUAGCCGACUUCCUCGCAAGACUCAUCGUGGCCUUCGAAAAGUGGCCUGUAUUGGUGCAUGGCAUCCUGCUAGAGUAUCUUUUACAGUUGCUAGGGCGGGUCAGAAUGGAUACCAUCAUCGAACUGAGUUGAAUAAGAAGAUUUAUAAGGUCGGGAAAGCUGGUCAGGAGUCUCAUACUGCCAUUACCGAGUUUGACAUGACUGAGAAAGAUAUAACACCAAUGGGAGGUUUCCCACGCUAUGGAAUCGUGAAAGAAGAUUACUUGAUGAUAAAGGGAGGUUGUGUUGGACCGAAGAAGCGGGUUCUUACUUUAAGACAAUCGUUACUCACACAGACUUCUAGGCUUGCACUGGAGGAGAUUAAGCUUAAAUUCAUUGACACUUCUUCUAAAUUUGGACAUGGUCGUUUCCAGACAACCGAAGAAAAGCAAAAGUUUUAUGGACGGGUUAAGGCAUAGAAAAAGUGAAGAAUAUUGAGAUUUACUUUUGAAUAAUUUUGAUUAACUAUUGACAGGGUUUUUUAGCUUGAAUUUUGGUGUUUUUGGUUUGAAAAUUAACUCAUUUCCUUGCUUUGGAUUAUUUACAUUUGAAGUUUUUAGUUUACUUAA